UCCUUCGGAACUCGUGUGUGAACAAGCAAACGCGAGCGACUUGGCCAAGCCCUGCGUUGAAGGAAGCCAGCGCGUCCGCGGUCGGCUGCAAGAAGAAAUGAAAGCCGCGAGUUGCGCUCGGGUGGCUCCUAACGUAUGGCGUCUCGAUCGCCUUUAAUAGAGCUGCGCCAUGGACCCGAGCCUAUGGCAGUACCAGUUCCGCAUCAUCAUGCUUGGCGACUCGACGGUAGGCAAGUCGUCGCUGCUCAGGCGCUACACGGAGGACCGGUUCCUGGAGGCCAUCGAUGAAACGGUUGGGGUGGACUUCUACGUGCACUUCUUGGAGCUGGAACCCGGCCUUCGGGUCAAGUUGCAGUUUUGGGACACGGCCGGCCAGGAGCGCUUCAGGUCGGUGACGCGCUCUUACUACCGUAACUCCGUGGGAGGCCUUCUGGUCUUCGACCUGACCAACCGCUCGUCCUUUGAUCACAUCCGGGACUGGCACGCCGAGGUGUUGGAACACGUGCUUCCUCACCGGCUCCUGUUCGUCCUGGCGGGCCACAAGAGCGACUGCGACAGCAAGCGGGCGGUCAGCCGUGACGAGGCAGAGAAGCUGGCCGCCGUCUUGGGCGUGCCCUACGUGGAGGCUUCGGCCAAGUCCGACCACAACGUCAACGAGACCUUCGAGCUGCUGGCCCGCCAGAUCUACCGGGGCCUGAUGAGCGGGGAGGUGGAUCUGCACGAGGGCUGGGACGGGGUCAAGUGCGCCACGCCGCUCACUCUGCAGGGACACAAGAACAGCAGACUGGCUCGGCCCGACCCAUCCCACAAGACGAAAUGCUGUGACUAGACACGGACCGUAUAACAAUGUUUUGAUGGGCUAUCAGAAACGCAUUAAAAAAAUACGGAUGGGCGAGUACCAAUACAAGUUAUCUGUAUUGGGCUGAAACUGGCAGUAUUUUAAGGCAUUGAGUAGUUAUGGAGCUUUUGAUACUUGCCACCGAUACUUAUGGUAAAAAAAUAUGACAGAGUAAGUCUUCCUCGGCAGUAGUUGGUACCAAACUGUGGAAGUUUGACACAUGGGAAAAUCAUCUGCAUCAGAAAAAAAGCUUGUCAUUUUGUCAAAUAAAAAUUUAUAAAAAGUACAAGCGGUAUCGGUACACAGUAUCGCUCAAAUAUUGAAUACUUGUACAGAUAUCGGUCUAAAAAAAAGUAAUAUUGAACAUUUGUAAAAAUAAACAUUAAAUGUACAGCU